AUGGGUAAGGAACACGAGCAGAUCCAGGAGUACGAUGACGACCUUUUGGCGCAUGUUGACCACAUUCAUGACCCAGCAGUACUCAAGCGACUGUUGAUCCAAAAGGAGCAGGAGCGCCAGGGACUUUCUCUGAACCUCGACAUGGCUGCCCGCCUCGGUUUGGACCUUCACCAGCAACUUCAGCGGUGUGAAAUUGAAUCUGCCGCCAAGCUUCAAUCGCUGCACGAUGAGAAUUUAGCUCUACAAUCCAAGGCGAACCAGAGUCAGGAACUCUCAUACCAGCUCGCGAACUCAGAACACGAGAUCAAAGAGCUGAGAGGGAAGAAUCGAUUCCUACAGCGGGAACUGGAUACCUGCCGGCAAGAGCUGAAGACCUUCCGCAAGGACCUGGACCAGCUGUCAGAACAUAUGAACCAAAUUAGCACGGAAAUGUUCGACGCCAAGAACAAGGUCAACUCGUAUGCCAGGCGACUGGGAGAGGUGGAGCAAGAGCUGGUCCAGACCAAGGAGCUCAAUGUGAAUCUGCAGGUCCAGCUCGACAAUGCCUUGCAGAAGCAGAAGCAAACUCAGUCCAGCACCACCCAGGUGGUGUUUUCUGACAGGGACACGAUGCGGUUGACGCUGGAGGAACUGGAGACUCGGCAGAUGCAGUGCGAAGGAAAGGUCGUGGAGAUGAUGACAAACACCCGCGAGUAUGCCCAACUUCUCGAGGAGGCUCAGGAAACGAUUCACACUAUGCGCAUUGAAUCUGACAUGGAGGGCCGUGGCUGGUCAGGUCGAGGUCAACAUGCGGCCAUCUGGGAUAACAAGACAGGAGAGCAGCCUGAGGACGGAAGCGAUAAUAGACCAAGAAACAGCCGCCAGCUAACGGCCAGUCCUACUAGCAUCAGUCAUUACGGCUUAGCAACGCUUAAGGAUGAACUCGACCCAAUGUUCAAUUCAGGAUCAUGGGAUCGCCACCACCCUGGUGGCAUGAGCUCUCUUGAACAGGAGCUUGGUCUUGGUACUCUCGACAAGGAGCUGGCAGGAGGAUUUACACAUAACUUGGACCAGGAGCUGCAAGGAUUCCAUCAUGGAGGAUCUCUGGAGGAUGAGCUUAGAGGAUUCAACAACCCCACCGGCUCUUUGGGCGAUGAGCUAAGAGGCAGUGGUCAUGGAGGCUCGCUGGAGGAUGAGCUUAGAGGCUUUAACCAUGGCAUGUCGUUGGACCAGGAAUUGAGGGGAUUUGGUCGCGGAGGGUCCUUGGAGCAAGAGCUUGCCGGCGCUCGGGAUCCCAUUUUCGAGCCCAUUCGUGGAUCCCUGGCUAGUGAGUUGGCUGGUCUUAAAGAGUCACCCGCAUCUAGCGUCGUCGAUGAUGCCGCGACGGAUGCAGCCUCAGAAGAGACAGCCGACGAGGAAAUCAUCAGGAGAUCUCUGGACGAGGAGGAGGAUACUUAUGUCACUUUCAUUCCCCAGCGACUUUCUCUCUCGGCUGAUCUCCGCCAACGACUUGAGGAGAACAAUAUCCUACAGACUGUGUUGACAGGACGUGCAACACGGAACGUUCACAGCACCAUCGGCAUCGGCAUCACUAGUGUACACAGCCCUAUCCAACACACUCCUACAAACUUUCGCGACAUUGGGCGAACCUUGAGCAUGAUGACACUUCCCAACCAGAGGUCUCUACCACAUCCCAAGAACCGUAUACCUUCGCCCCUCCCAUCGCCUAAAAUGCCGCCCUCAUCAACGGCUGGCGAGUCGUCGUCCACUCGAUCAAUCUCGUCGUCGGGAAUCAUGUCGGCCUCAGGAACUAGUGCAGGCUCAUAUCCAGGAUCUUCUGUCACUGACCCAUCCGACGUUCAGAACAUCCUGGGUUUGAAGUACCUUCUCUCUGCCAGCAGCUCGGCCGAUCUUUCUAAUGUCGUCACCAAAGCGCACACCAAGACCCCGACGGCUACCGCUCCUACGCCUCUCCGAGAGAAAAUGACGACGCGUGUGCCAGUACCCUUGACUGCCGUCAAAGAAAAGCCUGGUUCGCCUAGCCCGACCAAAGAAGGACGAAGCUCGACUCCUUCGGUCACCAAAUCGAGUGCGACCACGACUACAACUACUUCGACAGCCACGGCAACGUCGACUUCAUCGACCACAAUGACGACGACAGCAAGCGGACGACCCACACCGUCUAGACCUAUUGCGUUUGGAUCUGCGGUGAGCGGUGGGUCCCGGUCUGGUCGCAAGUCUACAUCGCCAGCGUCUUCCUGGAGCUCGUCCUCGUCCACGUCUUCCAUCCCUCGACGACCUUCCAUGGCACCCAAUUCCGGAUCCUUCAACUCUGGCAAACCCAAACCACCUACCAACAAUUAA